AUGAAUAGAUUUAUGAUAAAGUGUUUAUCAAAUACUAUAUUUAAAUAUAUAGGCGUUAGAAGGUUAGCAAAUUUUGCAGCAAUUUCAAUUGGACCAAAAAUAGUUGACCAUACAGUUAGUACUAUUUCUGGUGGAUAUAUCCCUGUUCCUGUUGUACGUAUAUUAAGAACCUCAUUAUCCUAUGCCCCAGUAGCUGUCGUGAUGGGUACCGCUGGUACCACUGGUGGUCUUGCACCAAUAGUUUCUGCUUUAACAUAUUAUAUUUUAGUACAGGUUUCAGAAACAUUAUGUAUGGUUUUAGUCAGAGAAGCAACAGGUGCAACAUUUAGAGGUGUUAAAUAUGUAGUAUCAUCAGCUUAUAAUACAGUUACAGGUAAAGAUAGAAAGGAUGAAAAAAUGGUUGAUGAGGAAUUAAAGAAUUGGGUAUUUUUAGAAAAAGAAGAAUUGGAUAAAGACGAAAUUUCACCAGAAAGAGUUAAAGAAGUUGAAGAUUAUUUCAAUUCAAUAGAAUUAGAGGAGUUAGGUGUAGAUAACGAAAACAAUAAUCAUAUAAAUAAAGUAGCAAACAAUAGUAAUGGAUCAAAAAAUAUAGAGCUUAAUAGUAAUGGUGAACAGGUUAUUGAUUUGAUCACUAGCCAAGAUAACAGUUAUGAAGUAAAAGAUCCAAUCGAAAUGGAAAAGGUUUUAACCGAUUUAAAUAACAGCUUUUUAUUUGAAAAGCAAAAACAAUUAAAUAAUAAUGAUAGUAUAGAUAAUAUAAAUCAAGAGAAAUUAAAUAAUAAUAAUAUUUUUAAUAAUAAUAAUAAUAAUAUAAGAUCAAGUAAUAAUUUAGAUGAUUUUGUUCUUUUGUAAAAUUAAAGAAUUUUAAAUAGAAUAAAUUGUAAAUAAUAAUAAAGUUUAAAAAUUUCUUUUUUUUUCUUAUUAUAUCUUAAAAAGAAAUAUAC